AUGCAUUGGGCAACACCGAUUUGGAUAGUAUCAUUCUCCUUGGGAGUCUUCCCCCUUCCGACUGCCCGAGAUGCGCUUCUUCAUCCCGUCGAGGACCCAUUCUACAGUGCUCCAGACGGAUUUGAAUCCACCCCUCCUGGGACCAUUCUGCGAUGGCGAAACCCUCCCCAUCCUAUCUCGGCUUUCGGGUUUGCCCCAAUCAAUCUUGCUGCGUCUUACCAGCUUCUGUACCGCUCAACCGACUCUUUUGGUGAGGCCAUUGCGGCUGCCUCGACCAUCCUCGUCCCGCACCAUGCAGACUAUACCAAGCUGCUUUCUUUCCAAGUAGCCGAGGACGCGGCCAACCGCAACUGCGCCCCGUCGUACGCCUUUCAGCUCGAGGCGGCCACCGACGGUGAGCUGGGUCUGCUCAUGCCUCAAGCAGAGCUGGCACUGAUCAUCGCGGCGCUGGACAAGGGGUGGGUGGUAACAGUGCCGGACCACUUGGGGCCAAAUGCCACCUUUCUAGCGAACAACCUGUCAGGACACGCGGUGCUUGACAAUAUCCGCGCCGCCUUGAGGUCAUCUGCAUUCACAAAGGUCUCUCCCCAGGCCACAGUCACGCUCUGGGGAUAUUCCGGGGGAAGCCUGGCGAGUGGAUUCGCUGCGGAACGGCAGCCGUCGUACGCACCGGAGCUCAGCAUCGCUGGAGCGGCGCUAGGAGGGACAGUUCCGCACAUCAUGCCGGUGUUCAACUCCAUCAACAAGGGCAUCUGGGCUGGGCUCAUUCCCGCGGGGAUGCAAGGCCUCGCUAAUGAAUACCCGGUCAUCGAACGGGUUCUCUAUGACCAUCUCGUCCCCGCAAAGAAGGCGGACUUCGUCCGGACGAAGGAGCUGUGCUUCAUCGGGGACCAGUUCAAGUACCAGUUUCAGGACAUCUACUCGUACUUCACAGACGCGAAUAUGCUCAACGAUCCUGAUGUGGCACGAGUCCUCGGCGCCAAUGCAAUGGGACAUCAUGUGCCAGACGCCCCGUUGUUCAUCUAUAAAUCCGCCAACGAUGAGGUGAGUCCGGUCGGUGAUACGGAUGCCCUGGUCUCUUCCUACUGUGGUGCCGGGGCGAAAGUGGAAUAUCACCGGGAUGAGUGGUCCAAUCAUGCGACGAUGGCGGUCAUCGGUGCCCCAGAUGCGCUGUUGUGGCUGCAGGACCGGAUGAAUGGAGUUCCUGUUCAUGCCGGAUGCAGGACGAAAACCGUUCUGACAAGACUGAUGGAUCCGCGAGCCUUGAGCGUCCUUGGUAUCAAUGUGAUCAAGAUCCUGCUUGCCUUGCUAUCGGCACCAGUUGGAACGGUAGUCAUUGGAUGA